AUGCCGCAUAACACUCUUACACUUUCUGCAGCACAUGCGGAAAAGGUCGUCAUGAACUCUAGUAGUGGUCAUGCAGGGCGUGGCGACAUUCAAGAUGACAGCAUACGGCAGAUGUUCCUCGACGCUUACCCUAGAGCUCGCGAGACAGUGAUACAGGGCAUCGGGGCUUAUCUGGAUGAGGGCGGUCUGGGUCCUGAUAACGAUGUGCAUAUUGGCGUGAGUCACGAUGGAAUGGUCUGUAACUACUUCGAGAGGUGUAUGAACUACAACUGUUUAGGAGGGAAGAUGACUCGGGGUUUGACCACGGUUGCAACGUACGUCGCCCUAUGUGGGGAUUCUUGUGAGCAUGUUAAGGACGCCGCUGCCAUUGGUUGGAGUGCUGAAUUCUUGCAAGCCAGUUUUCUCAUGUUCGAUGACGUCAUGGAUCAGUCAGAGACUCGUCGUGGGAGUACGUGUUGGUACAGAUUGCCGGAGAUAUCGAUGCCCAACUCGCUCAAUGAUGUUGUUUUUAUAGAGAAUGCUGUAUACACUCUUCUUAUUGAGUCUACAGGUUUCGAUGCCGAUAUCAAGUUGGCGAUAAUCCGGCUUUGCCAUGAUAUUACGUUACGAACGAUUAUAGGGCAGCAUCUGGACCUCAACUCCGUUCGCCCCGACGAUUAUACUGUUGAUUUGUCGCGGUACACUAUGGAGAGGUACUGGGCCACAACAGCAUAUAAGACAGCCUACUACUCCUUCUGGCUUCCGGUCGCAUUAGGCAUGGCUAUGGCUCGCUUCCCUCUAGACGACCCGGACUACAAAGGGACUAAGGAUGCUUGCAUUUUACUGGGAAAUUUUUUCCAAGCCCAAGAUGACUUUCUGGACGUUUUCGGCGACCCUGAGGUCAUCGGCAAGGUUGGGACUGAUAUCAAGGAAAGCAAGUGCUCAUAUGUUUUCCUCAAGGCAAGGGAGCUGCUGGAGACGAGCGACUCCUGCGAGAGUAAAGCAUCGCUCGAACGAUUAAAUAAAUUAUACAGCAAAAAAGACAAGACAGGUGCCGAGGUGGACGAGAUAAAGUGUAUUCUCGCUAAGUCCGGCGUUGAGCAGGCUUUCCGAAGGUGA